GCUGUGUCCUCGCGGCACAUGUACACCAGCUGUUUCCGGUCAUGUCAAACAGGCUGUAUUAGCCUGGUUAGCCGGCUCAGCUAACAACAUGUCGUUGUUACGACGGGAACUUUGACGACACGUCGAGUGAAGACGAAGAGACCUGACGUCAUCAUUGAAAACACCGAACAUGGAAAAAAAGAACUUUGACAGUAAACACCAGAGGAGACCGAUGAAGGCGUCAGCUGACUCCCCUCAUCUCAUUUCACCAAAUCCUCACAUUUCUCAACAGAUUUCUACAGAGAAGCAUUCAGGUCCAAAGGCAUUAAGGAAAGAAGGAGACACAGUGAGGAGUCAUAGCUACAGCGGCAGUUGUCGUGCUGGAGAGAGCACAGAUGAUUUCCUACAGAGAGAGAGGGCGUCUGCACCAAAAGCAGCAAAAAGCAGCACAACAGCAAGAGGAUCUGCAGCUCAGAGGAGCUGCGUCCAGUUUGAGGUGAAGAUGUGUGAUUUCCCGGAGCUGUCGGGUGGUUCUGUGUCACCGCCCUCUGCUGGUCAGAAAGAGAGGAUGUCUGUGACCAGAAGAUCACCAACACCUCAAGAUCCACAGCAGAGCUGCCCGAAGCCACGCCCACCUGCUGUCUCAGCAGGUCAGACUGUGGUGACGUCGUGGGCCAACGUCGCAUCUCAGCCUGCGAAGAAACCGCUCCCUCAGGAGACCACCAACCGCGGCAGCAGCAGCUUGCAGUCAGGAGAAACAUUGAAUCGUCACCAUGACGACACCACAGCAAAGAAAAAACGCAGGAAGAAGAAGAAGAAGAGUAAAGAAGGUGAAGAAGAGGAGGAAACACUCGUCUACCAGGAACCUCCCAAAUUUGAGGAUGAAGAUGAGUUUCCAGGUUUGAUGAGCAGCCGCUGUUCUGCUAACAUCUGCACUCAGGAGAAGCAGAGAGACCGAGGUCCUCAGCUGUCCACCCAGGACAAAGCACCUGUUUCCAUGGAGACACUUAAAAAAGGACAGAAAACAGAAAAGGUUUCUGGUAAAAAGAGCAAAGCUCUGGUUCAGCUGGACAUCGGGAACGUGUUUGCCGUUCUGGAGAAGAAGCAGAGUCACAAAGAUAAAGCUGUCGUUCUGUCAGUUGGUGGAGGACUUCCUGUUGUCCACAAACUGCCGUCGUCUCUUCAGAAGAAACCAGAGAAGUUUGCUCACAAUCCUCUGGACUCGACCUGUCCACUGGUGAAGAAAGGAAAACAGAGGGAGGUUCCUAAAGUGAAGAAACCUACAGCUCUGAAGAAGGUCAUUCUGAAAGAACGGGAGGAGAGGAAACAGCAGCGCCUGCUGGAGGAGAGAGGAGACACAGGUGAAGGUGGAGAGGAGAGAGGAGACACAGGUGAAGGUGGAGAGGAGAGAGGAGACACCGGUGAAGGUGGAGAGGAGAGAGGAGACACAGGUGAAGGUGGAGAGGAGAGAGGAGACACAGGUGAAGAGAAGAGAGGAGACACAAACAUCACAGAGGAAGUGGUGAGUCCGUGUGAAGAAGCUGAAGAUCAGACCAACGAAGAAGAAACCAGGUCACAUGAUUGCUGCUGCGUCAGCACAGUCAACAUCCACAGCAGGAGGUUCAGAGAUUACUGCAGUCAGAUGCUGAGCAGAGACGUAGACGACUGUGUCGUCGCUCUGCUGAAAGAACUGGUUCGGUUCCAGGACCGUUUGUAUCAGAAGGAUCCGAUGAAAGCUCGUAUGAAGCGUCGCGUCGUCAUGGGUCUGCGUGAAGUUCUCAAGCACCUUCGACUGAGGAAGGUCAAAUGUGUCAUCAUCUCGCCAAACUGUGAACGUGUCCAGUCCAAAGGCGGCCUGGACGAGGCGCUCUACACCAUCAUCGACACGUGUCGGGAACAGGAAAUACCGUUUGUCUUCGCUCUCUCCAGGAAAGCUUUGGGUCGCUGUGUCAACAAGGCGGUGCCUGUCAGCGUGGUGGGCGUGUUCAACUACGACGGUGCUCAGGACCACUACCAUAAGAUGAUCGAGUUGUCUUCUGAAGCCAGAGGAGCCUACGACGUGAUGGUGUCGAGUCUGGAGCAGAAGAACCAUGCAGAGGAGGCGGAGCUACACAUCAGCUGCCAGGCAGAGGAGGCGGAGGAGGCGGAGCCUUGUGCUGACAGCACACAUCCAGAAGAACCAGAAUACAUAAAACUAUGGAGGAAAAUGUUGGUGAAAGAGAAAAACCAGGUGGCGCUAGCUUCAUUGUGUUUGCCCGAAAAUGAAGAUUGUGACAAAAACACGGAAGAGGAGGAGAGCUGACGGAGGUGAAGAUAGGGAAAGAAAUCCAGUGAAGAAAGUGGGCUGGGUUUAAUCAUGUGACGUCUCUGAACCAAUCAGAAAACAUAUCUGUUCAGGGUUGUGAUCAAUAAUAUGUGAUUUUGUGUUAACAGGAAGUGAUGUCAUAGAGGAGGAGGCUAAAUCUUCAUUGAUCACUUUCUUAUUUUGUUCAACUGUGAAAUAAAGUUUUAGGUUGUAGAAAAAAACUGAACACAUUUGUCAAUCAAACUGUAAACCUGAAGCAUUGCAUCAUGGGAAAACAUGUUUACAUCAUCAGUGUGUGUUUAUUAUUUGACCUGCAGGUUCCCAUAGCAACACAGCUACACUUCAGGUGUUAAUAAUCAUAGAUUUAAUAUGUUCCAUUUUUGAUGACAUCAUGAGAAAACAUUUGAAAUGUGAGUCACAUGACAUUUUAGAUAAGUAGAUUGAACAGAUAAUGUCAGUCUGUGAUGACAUCACGUCUGUGCAUUUUAAGGCCACGCCUUAAUGUUAAGUGGCUUUUUCUUCAAGGGUCAAAGGUGAAACUCGAACUGCUGAUAAACACACGCACACACUUUGUUUCUGUGAAACAAAUGAAUCACUUUUGCUAAUGAACUGAUGUCAUUUAAUCUUUUCUAUUUAAGAAAUAAAACUGGAAUGACCUCUCA